AUGUCUUCGUCGUCGGAAGAAAGUUUCGACCCGAUAAUGUACUGGGUCGUCGUAUAUUUCACCGAAGCAGAUCGCUGGAUGACAGAUAUGCAGUUGCUCCAGAAAAUGCGCGUCGACAUUAAAGACCGGCACGCCGUUACCUGGACCCCGAUCGAUCCUGGAUAUACUGCUUAUAGAUACCCCCUUCUAGUCAUUAGCUUAGACAACGACCUUGACGAACUCUUCUCUACGGCAGAGAGUGUUAUUGAGACCUUCAUUAAGGAAUACGCCGACCAGGGGCCGCCUUUCCGCCGGGUAGAUCUUUUUCCUUCCCUCGAAGAGGAGGAGGAUAAAACUUGA